CGUGGCUCUUUCUUGGAACAACCUGCGGCAGGUUUCAACAGUGUUCAAGAUGGCGGUCGGGAUGCAGGCAAAGAGUUCCGCGGUGCUAUCGUCUGUCCUGCUCCAGCUGAUGAUUUACAUUUCAGCCAUCUAUUAUGUCUUCUAUUUUCUAUCGUCUAUUGGUCUCACCAUCUACAAGAUGAAUGUGCUGAGCUAUCCUACUGAGCACCUGGCUGUGGACCUGUUCCUGCUCCUCUUCAUGGCACUGCUGGAGGCCCUCAGGCUCUAUUGGGGUGUCUGCGGUAACUUGAGUGAGAAUGAGGGCUACAUCGGUGUAAACCUGGGUGCCACCGUGGGCUCGGUCAUGUUGUCUGUCUAUUUCCUGGUGUGGCAGUCCUAUGUGCUUCGUGCUGACCUCAUCCUCAACAGCGUCCUGCUGGCCUCCUACGCCCUCAACGGCAUCGUGGGAUUCGCCACCUUCGCACGGUUCAGCAGUGUCUACACCUGAGAGGGUCCUCCAGUUCCCCAUCAGACAUCUCUUCGAAGAGAAGGACGUGUCAGCACCCUCUUCCCACGUCGAGAGAGAGAGAGAGAGAGAGAGAGGAAUAGAGAGAAAGAGAGGAAUAGAGAGAAAGAGGGUGCUCGUGUGUAGGUAAUGUUCUUCUGUAGUGCUUGAGGAUUUGAUUGUCUGUUGUAAGUGCAGAAGAAGCGAGGUGAAGGGCCUGUGAUGCCGAGGUGCCCUUUUGUGAAGUGAUAAUGAUGCAUAAUUAAUACGGCUUGGCUCGUCAGGGCCCUCGGCCCAACAUCUCAGCUGACUUAUUUAUACUGUACGUCUUAAACAUGUCUGACCCCUUCAGAAUCAUGGCUCCCUGGAAGCCGUUGGUUCGUUUUUCAAAAAAACAUUUUCUAUUUUUUCCUCAAUUGUCAUGUGAAACUAAACUGUAAACUUGUAUUUAAGCGUUCCCUGCUUAAAAGUCCCUGCUUAAAAGGACCUUUGAAAAAAAACAGCCUAGAGUGUGUUUAGACUUGGGUGUUAGAAUUAGCUCAUCGUUUAACACCAUUAAGUAUUGUCAGUUCAGUAUGUGAUCUAUUGAGGAUUGAAGAGUUUGGUGGCUUUGUUAGUGGCAUCAUGGAUUUAGUGCUGCUAUACCACAAGCAACCUCGAGAGGGCAGGAGAGAGUUAGAUUGUCUCUGCCAUUGAGUUCAAAGUAAAUGUGCUGCAAUCUGUGUUGCUGUCCAGUCUCACAGUGAUGGUGAGAAAAAAAGACUCGAGCCAUGUGAAUAUCAUUCCAGUACCUCACUACAACACUGUCAUGUGUGUCCUGUGGCUGAAAUAAAUUUUAUAUGAAUAUUUUCACAUAAAAAUGGUUAUCACAUGUUUUUUGUUGCAUAAAAUGUAAAUGGACUGAUUUUACGUAACACAUCUGUAUGUACUUACAGCAGGGGUCCCCAACCUUUCUGGAUCUGAGGGCUACCAAGGGCUACCGAGGGCUACUGAGGGCUACCCGAGGGCUACUUUUGUUCACAAUCAUCUACUGAUGUCUUGUCUUCAUUCUCAAUUCACACUAUUAUUGAAUG